AGCAGUUCCCCUCUGCAGCAUUAAUGUCAUGAACGCCGAUUUAAACCGAUUCAUAGUCUGCGAUAAAAAUAGCUCGGUGCUAUGCUAUCCUUUUCCACAGUCUCUCCCCCACCCCUCCCAGCAGAGGUUCCCAGCCUGCUCAUGUUCUCUAGAACCGAGGACCGUGUGUAACAACAACAAGCCGUUAGCCAAUCAGAAUAGGGACCAGCCUGGCUCACUCUGCCUGGCACUGCAAGCAGUAUUGAGCUGAUGCAAACAUGCCUGAAGUUCCUACACGGGAGAGCGAGCUCACCGAAAAGAUACCAAAGAAAAGACCAUUAGAGGAUAUAUAUGAUUAUCAUCCCCCAAAGAAAUCGUGCUGGGGAAUUUUAACUAGUCAAGGAUCCUGGGCUGACCGUUCCCCACUCCAUGAGGCAGCAUGUCAGGGUCGUCUGCUGGCCCUGAGGACUCUCCUCUCACAGGGUUACAGUGCAAGCAUCAUCACAAUUGAUCAUGUAACUCCACUGCAUGAAGCCUGUCUGGGGGACCAUGUGGCCUGUGCCAGGGCGCUCAUUGAAGCCGGUGCAAACGUAAAUGCUACCACGAUUGAUGGGGUGACACCAUUGUUCAACGCCUGCUCAAGGGGGAGUUCCACUUGUGCAGAGGUUCUUCUGGAAAAUGGUGCCAAGCCCCAGGCUGAAGUAUGCCGGCCGUCACCUAUUCAUGAGGCAACGAGUAAAGGUAAAGCAGCGUGUGUCGAAGCACUACUUGCUUGGGGUGCAGAUGUGGACUAUGAGAUUCCACAUCUGGGAACGCCGCUCUAUAUUGCCUGUGUGUCUCAGGAGCUCCAGUGUACGCGGACACUUCUAGACGGUGGAGCCAAUGUACAGAAAGGUCACUUCCUGGAAAGUCCUUUGCACGCUGCUGCUCAGAAGGACUGCACAGAGGUCAUUAAGGUUCUGCUGGAGUUUGGGGCCAACAUAAACGCCAAAAACCUGGAGCUGAAGAGGCCGGUGGAGACGGCACCCCCCAGCAGCUUAGCGGAGGGACUGCUGCUACUCUAUGAGGCAACGCCUCGCUCUCUGUUGCAACUGUGUCGUCUGGGCAUCCGAGACUACAUGGGCUGCUCCAGGCUCCACCUGAUUCCUCAGCUGAAGCUCCCCACACUCCUCCAGAAAUAUCUGCAGUAUAGAUAGACACCCAGCACGGAAAUCCUCCCCCACCCUCUCUUUGCCUUUUCCUCCCCUCCCCCCUCUCUGUGUGUCAUGUCUCUCACAGUUACUUUGACCUCUCAGUGGCCUACGUCAUUUUACUGUUAUAUUUGCCAUUACACAGUGCAUGCAACAAUGCUCUGCUCCGGUCUUGUUAAUUAACCUGUAACCUGUAAGUGCUCUGUGUACUGAGUAGUUUGAUUGCAUUUCUCUGGACAUUGCUAAGCCUUAAUGCCAUGAUGAUCAAACUCUUCAUGACUAAGGAAGUGAGGUCAGUACAUGGGACAAGUAGGAAAGUCAGACGAACAUAAAGUGUCCCUUUCCUUGCACAUAAAUACCUACACAGGAGUGAGAGCAUUGUAUUACAAAUUGUUUAUGACCAUAUUUCUGUAAACUACCCACGUGUUAAUUUUAUCAUGGCUGUCGUUCCAUCUUCCUAAAGAGCCAGGACUCCCUCAGACACUCCCUGAUGAGCAUGCGUAUUUCAUGUUAACACUGAUCAUUUAGAUUCAUGAGUUUGGUUAUGGGUGAAUGUCCUUUCAGACAAGUGUGAGUCUCAAGUUCAGAAUCAAAGAACCCCCAGUAUGAAAAGGAACAUGUUUCCAAAGAUGCGGAUGAUACAGCAGAACUUACUAUAAUUUUAGACAAAAUGUGGAACUAAACUCAUAUUUCAGUGGCAUGCUACACACUUGAACACAUGAAUUCCACUUUGUUGUAACAAAAGGGUUGGUCUGGCCCUAAAUUAAUCUAAAUAUAUUUUUUUAUGGAGACUGUAGGGCUUUAAAAAGGUUGCUUUAUAUGACAAUUCUACUAUGAGAAUGCAUCAAAUAACUACAUUUGUCUAAAGCCCAAACUGUGUUCCAGCCAACUGGUAUCUUAAACUAAACUGGCAAAGUCCAUGUCAAGCACGAGGGUAGAGAACAGUAAGGAAAGUUUGUUGUGCCAAGGACUGUGGCCACUGAAACUGGGUCAUCUGUACACUGUGUGCUUCCGUAACUUCAUUGUCAUAGUGCUACUUAUCACUGAUUUUGAGCCAAUGUCUAAUGGACAGAUGUCAUGUGAAUUGUUGUUAAAUAGAUACAUCUUAUUUCUUAUAGUUUGCUCCUGAAAAAAACAUAUUGUGUGUUGUACAUAUCAGUGUUCACAGAAUGUCACUUUCAUUGUGUGUGAAUGUGUGAAUGUACAAAGGUUAAAUAAAUGUUACUCUGUUGCA